AUGAAUGGAGACCCGUCGUGUUACGAUCCGACCAUCUACUACUCAGCUACAAGUAGAGUUGUAGCUGGAACGACAUCAGCGGCUACUGCUGUAGCUGCAGCUGCUGCAGGCAACGGCUUAGCAUCUUCAACUUCAAACGACAUCACAACUCUGGCUCCUUUUGCGGCAGCUCAACCAACGGAUUACACCGCUGUUAAUUACGAUCUCUACAGGUACAACUACUAUCCACCAUAUGCAGGACAGGCUACAUCUUCAUCCGGAUUUUAUCCCGAACUCACUAGUUUUGGAGCUCAACGAAAUAUCGAAUUUACUCCAGUUGGUGCUGAUGUGAAGGACAUUUCUAUUAAACAAGAGAAAGAUGACAUUCAUCUCGGUUCGACAACUAUCACAUCUGAUGAUGGAACCAUGGACGUCAACGAUCCUGGAAACCCUCCAAGAAGAUCUAAAUUGGAUCGCAGAAAGGCUGCAACCAUGAGAGAAAGAAGACGUCUCCGAAAAGUGAAUGAAGCUUUCGAGGUUGUGAAGCAAAGGACAUGUCCAAACCCUAAUCAGCGAUUACCAAAAGUUGAAAUUCUCCGUUCAGCGAUAGAAUACAUCAACAAGCUGGAAGAUAUGUUAGGGGCUCAAGGAAAGAUGACUAAAAUCAUGGCUCAGAAUCAAGCGAUGUCAAUCCAUCCUACGGGCAACACCGAGUACAUUUUUCAGGGAAAUACAACAGCAGCUGCUUUCCCUUCAACUUUUGAUAACAACGUCAGUUACCAGGAGGAUGAUUUGUCUUCGGAUGACGAGCCGGAUAGUCCGUUGGCCAGCGGUGAGGAAAGCAAUCGAGGGUCGAAAACGGACAUCGCUGGACCGUCUAUCCCGAAUAGUGGCAAACAUAGCGGGAGAGGAAGAGGCCGUGGUCGCGGCCGAGGUCGUGGCAAAUAA